CAAAAGGGGAGUUGAUGUGUUCACCAAGAAAUAAAGUAAUUAAUGAAUGAAUAAAAUAAAAUGUUAAAGCAUAUUCUUCAGUUUAUCUAUAAUAUAAAGGGUGAACAACAAACACUCAGAACAACAACAACAAGAAGAAGGGUUUUUCACUUCCUCGUUUAAAUCGAAAACAUUAACCAAAACAUGGGCAGAAAGUUCUUCGUCGGCGGUAACUGGAAAUGCAAUGGAACCACUGAAGAGGUGAAGAAAAUUGUGGGUACUUUGAACGAAGCUAAAGUCCCCGGAGAAGAUGUUGUUGAAGUUGUUGUGAGCCCUCCAUAUGUGUUCCUUCCCUUUGUGAAAAGCUUACUUCGCUCUGACUUCCAUGUUGCUGCUCAAAACAGUUGGGUUCGCAAAGGUGGUGCUUAUACCGGGGAGAUUAGUGCUGAAAUGCUUGUAAAUUUGGAUAUCCCUUGGGUUAUUCUUGGGCACUCUGAGCGAAGGCAGCUUCUAAAUGAAACAAAUGAGUUUGUGGGUGACAAAGUUGCAUAUGCACUCUCACUAGGGAGGAAAGUUAUCGCUUGUAUUGGGGAGACUCUUGAACAGCGUGAAGCUGGUACUACUCUUGAUGUUGUUUCUGAGCAAACAAAGGCAAUUGCAGACAAAGUAUCAAACUGGGAUAAUGUUGUUUUGGCCUAUGAGCCAGUUUGGGCCAUUGGAACAGGAAAGGUUGCAUCUCCUGCUCAAGCUCAAGAGGUCCAUGCUGCUUUAAGGAAAUGGGUUCACGACAACGUGGGUGCUGAAGUUGCUGCGUCUCUAAGGAUCAUCUAUGGAGGCUCUGUAAAUGGAGGAAACAGCAAAGAAUUGGCAUCACAGCCUGACAUUGAUGGAUUUUUGGUUGGCGGUGCUUCCUUGAAGCCGGAGUUCGUUGACAUCAUCAACUCCGCGACUGUGAAGAACUGAAAUUCGUAAGUAGGAAUUGAUAUGCUGCUUUGGAAGCAGCUUCGGAAAUUUAUGUUUUGAGUUAUGAUUCUGUAUUUUGUAACCAAUGCUUUGAACUUGUGUUUAGUACUCUGAAUAAAUAUGAUUUACUUUUACCUCAUCGGUGGGCGAUGAAUUGGGUUUUGGUUAAGUUUUAAUGCAGAAAUAGUGUACUGCCAUGACAUUUGGUCAGUAAAUAAUGUCGAAUGCCGUUGUUUUA